UGAGUCACGCAGCUGUCAACGAUAGCUGUCACCCACAUUCAUGAUCAAACACACAUUGAGCGAGACUAGCUUAGCCAAGGCAAACAGGAGAUCUCAGGUACCUCGACAAUGUGUUACGUCUCAAACAAAUGAACACGCCGAAGAGCAGCUUUACAUCCUGUGAAAUUUGUGGGGAAAACGUGUAUACGGUUUGGAUUUUACGCGUGGUUUGACUGGAAAAGGAAGAACCUGUGGUCUGGAAUAAAUCGUAAAACCUGCGCCCAUUGUAGCUAACGUGAAAAGGGAAUUUUCGACCAAGAUGAAGACAAAAAAAGGCAUGGCUGUGCUGUCGGGCAGCGAGUCAGAGGAGGAGGACUGCAUGGACGCCCCCCUGGACCUGUCCUCCAGCGGGGGGAACGGGAAGAGGAAGAGACGGGGGAACCUUCCCAAAGAGUCGGUGCAGAUUCUGAGAGACUGGCUGUACGAGCACCGCUACAACGCCUACCCUUCCGAGCAGGAGAAGGCCCUGCUCUCCAAACAGACGCAUCUCUCCACACUACAGGUUUGUAACUGGUUCAUCAACGCCCGUCGGAGGCUGCUGCCGGAGAUGUUACGGAAAGACGGCAAAGACCCAAACCAGUUCACCAUUUCGCGAAGGGGGAGCAAGGUGGGCGAGGGCGACGCCCCGUCCCCCAAACCCGCGGCAACCCCGGAGUCCUACGACAGGAGGGCCGUCCACCCGUCCAGCUUUGAGCCCGGCGCCCCCGCUAAGAACCCGUCGCCCGAAACGCCCUCCCAGGGGGCCGUGCUGCCCCGGCCGUCCGUCAUCUGUCACACCACCAUCACGGCCUCGCAGGGCAGCCCCCUGCAGUGCUGCCCCUCCGUCCUGGCGGACAAAGCCACAGACCUACAUUCCACGGGGGCCGCCAGCCUUUUCAGGUGCCACGGGGAGGCGGCCACGGAAGGUAACUCCAGCCCCCAGGGCGGGCUGUUCAACACUCCCCCCCCAACCCCGCCUGACCUCACGCAGGACUUCAGCGGCUUCCAGCUGUUGGUGGAUGUGGCACUGAAGAGAGCGGCCGAGAUGGAACUGCAGGCCAAACAACUUGUGUCUUAAAAACAAGCAAGCAAGCAAGCAAACAAGCAAAAAAAGAGAGAAAGUCUCAAUGGGUUCUCGUUUUCUAGAUGGACUCCCAGCUCUAUUGACUGACCAUGUUUAAGAGAGAAAGAGAGAGAGAGAGAGAAGAAUAAGUCUUAUCAUUUCUAUUUUUUGGUAGAUGAAUCAAAUCGAUGAUGAGGAUUUUGUAAAAAAAGAAAAAAGAAAAGAAAAUUGCAUUGUGGUGCCUUGGACGUCUUUUUUUUGUAUUUCAUAUAUAUAAAUGUAUAGCUAUGUAUCUUUUUGCACACACAGGACCAAAAAAAACAGAAAGAAAACAAAGUAAGAGACAAAGCUGCCUGUCUUAAGACUUUUUUUGAGUGGAAGCAGAAAGCCUUUGUUGGUGAGGCUGGCUCUUGUUUCACCUGAAAUCCAGCUCCUUAAUGGGACUCAUUCACUGUCAGUUGUUUUAUCUUUACAGAUCAAUUUGCAAUCUUUCUGCCUUGUUCAUUUGCACAGUAGGGCAGGAAAAAGGGGCAUCUCAGUGUCUUACAACUUACUUUCGUCAUCUACCAUGAGCUUAAUCACUACUGUAGUCACUUGUAUUUCGUGUUAAAAGUAUAGGGUUUUUUUGUUUGUUUUGCUUUUGUUUGUCAUGUUAAACGAAACAAACAUCUUUGUUCAAUACUUCAUUCCUUUUUUUUCCUCCCGGGGGCAUUUUGAGAAGACUUAUGUAGCAAUUUCACACUUAGUCUGAGCCUUUACACUGCGUAGCAAUGGCCAAUGAAUGUGCCAGGUGAGACCCCCAGUACCCGUCCGUGCCUUGCAUUGCACUGGCUGUGUGGUACCUGUACUGUAAACUGGAAAAAUAACACUAAGUCAGUUGGCUGGAAUAAGUUUUUUUUUUUUUUUUUCAUAUCACCACUGAAUAAAUGAGAAAAUCAAAUAAAUGGUAAAAAGACCCUGUGUGUAAACUAAUGUGACAAAAAUGCCCAAUGAUGUGAUUUCAUAUUUUCAUACUGUGCAAUGUUUUGUGGCAAUUUUGGGUCACAUGAUAUUCAAAUAAAGUUUUGUUUUCUACAAAA